GCGGGGCACCUCGCGUCUCCCAUGCGCGUCGCUCGCGCCGCGCGGCCCCUGCAGCCCCACUCGCUCGUUUCCUGGCGUCCCUUUCACUUCCUGAGCGCAUGGGGCGAGUCCCAAGAACCGCCCACCCUGCCGCUGUCUGGGCCGGGCGCAUUCCCACCUCCGGAAAGAGUGCGACGGGGAAGGCUCAGCGGGGACAGUGCCACGCCAGCGGCUUCCUCCAAACAUGGGCCGCGCGUUGGCUCUGCUUCUCCUGCCGCUAGCCCUGCUAGCGACCCCGGCGCAGGCCGAAGGCGGCACGGCGGCGGCGGAGGUUAAAAUAGAGGUGCUGCACCUCCCCGAGGUGUGCAGUCCGAAGAGCAAGAAGGGGGAUCUGCUGAAUGCGCACUACGACGGUUUCCUGGCCAGCAAUGGAUCCAAGUUUUACUGCAGUCGGACACAAAAUGAAGGUCAUCCAAAGUGGUUCGUUCUGGGUGUUGGACAAGUCAUCAAAGGGUUAGAUAUUGCUAUGAUGAAUAUGUGUCCUGGAGAAAAACGCAAAGUGAUCAUUCCUCCGUCACUGGCAUAUGGAGAGCAAGGAUACGCACAGAGUAAAAUUCCACCCAAUGCAACACUGAUCUUUGAGAUUGAACUUUAUGCAGUAAAUAAGGGACCUCGCAGUGUUGAAGCAUUUAAUCAAAUAGACAAGGACAGUGACAAGAAGCUCUCUCAACUUGAGAUAAGCCAGUAUUUGAAAGAAGAAUUUGCAAGAGAUGGCAAAAAGCGUCAUCCCUCAGUCCACGACGAAAUCUUAGCUGAUAUAUUUAAGAAGAAUGACCACGAUGGAGAUGGUUUCAUAUCAGCAAAGGAAUACAAUGUCUACCAGCAUGAUGAACUCUAAGUACCUUUAAAAGUUUUGGCUGUUUUCAUAAUAUUUUGUCACAGAAUUUGUUUGUUUUGGUUUGUUCUUUUGAUAGCAUCAUCUUUUUAUAUCUCUUAGGGUGACCGUAAAGAUCUUAUUUUUAACAUUCAACUAAUAAAAUGUGUGAGGUAUCUCAAAAGAAAGAAAUAAAAUCAGAGAACACCAUGAUCUGUUA